AGGGAGACGGAGGUAGCGCUGGGCCGAGAGGGCAGGUGGCCUUUUUUAUCCUGACUCAAGCCACGGAGACAAGAUGCACUCCGGCCUGGAGGAUCCAACAUUAGAACGCCACUUUAAAGGCCAUCGUGACACUGUCACAAGUAUCGACUUUAACGCUAACAUGAAGCAGUUGGCAACUGGAUCAAUGGAUUCCUGUGUCAUGAUCUGGAAUUUGAAACCACAGAUGAGAGCCUAUCGAUUUGUAGGUCACAAAGAUGCAGUCCUCUCAGUUCAAUUCUCUCCCUCUGGUCACUUAGUGGCUUCUGCAUCCCGAGACAAAACAGUCCGCCUCUGGGUUCCCAGUGUAAAGGGUGAGUCAACUGUGUUAAAAGCUCACACGGGAACCAUACGAAGUGUUCAGUUCUCCAGUGAUGGACAAUCAUUGGUUACAGCUUCUGAUGACAAAACCAUCAAAGUUUGGACAGUUCAUCGGCAGAAGUUUCUUUUUUCUCUGAGCCAGCACAUAAAUUGGGUUCGCUGUGCCAAAUUUUCACCAGACGGACGACUCAUUGUUUCUGCAAGUGAUGACAAAACCAUUAAAAUUUGGGAUAAAGCUACUAGAGAAUGUAUACAUUCAUUUUAUGAACAUGGAGGGUUUGUUAAUUAUGUAGAUUUUCAUCCCAAUGGAACAUGUAUAGCAGCAGCAGGAACAGAUAACACUGUUAAACUUUGGGACAUUCGUAUGAAUAAGCUUCUUCAACAUUAUCGAGUGCAUAGUGCUGUGGUAAACUGUCUCUCAUUUCAUCCAAAUGGAAACUAUCUCAUCACUGCAUCUAAUGAUUCAACACUGAAGAUACUUGACUUACUAGAAGGGAAGUUACUCUACACUCUACAUGGUCAUCAGGGUCCAGCUACUUGUGUAGUUUUUUCCAGUGCCGGGGACUUCUUUGCUUCAGGUGGCUCAGAUGAACAGGUUAUGGUAUGGAAGACUAAUUUUGAUGCUGAAGAUUAUGGGGAAAUGUUGAAAAAUCAAUCUCGACCAAUGACUGUUAAUUGUAUGCUGAAGAAUUCAGAUGGCCCUUCUCGGUUACUGGAGAAUACUUCAAAGUCACAUGUGGUGGAGUUGGGUACAAGGGAUCAAGCAGGUGAUAUUGAGUCGCGAAGAUGCACAGGAAUUUAAGACAGGUCCACGCAGAGCACAUCCCAUGUGGCGAAUGACGAAGAGAAUUGAGUCUUCCAACAAAGCAACUGAAGUAUGAAAGCUACAAUGCAUAACAUUUGCUAAUUCAUCAAAUAACUGUGCUGCAGCAAGGGAGUUCCAUGGCAGUGAAAAACUGGGCAAGAAUGGAAGAAGAAGAAAUCAGCCCUGAAGAAGAUGCUCAAGAUCAGAUGCAUCAUGCAAACAGGAACCAACCACUGGCCUGAUCUUAAGAAUCAUGUAUAGGAAUGGGUCCUCAAAUUGUCAGGAUGGUUUCAUUGUUAUCAGAAAUGCAAUGUGUACACACUUAAUUGGGCCAAAUCAAACCCUGAGUUCAGCAAAGAUUUCACCAACAGCAAGUUGGGUAGUAAUUUUAUGGAACAAAAAUGUCUGGUGUUACAGCAGAAGACAAGAUCGCUCAGAGACUACCGAGAGACUUCAGUGCCAAAAUUACCAGUUUCCAGUGGUUCAUCAUGAGACAGCAGCAAAAACAUGAGCACCCAAUAUGCCACAUCGGCAACAUGGAUGAAACACCUAUGAAUUUUGAUAUGCCUAGCAACUGAACUGUGGACUGGAAAGGUUCACAAACAGUUCUCGUGAAAAACCACAGGACAUGAGAAGACAAGAAUUACGGUAGCCUGCAUGGCCGACAGAGUGAAAUUUAAAGCUUAUGGUAAUUUUUUAAACUAUGCUAAAAAUCAAGUUCCUUGAGAUUCUGUACAUGUCCAUGACAAUGGUUGAAUGGAUGAGGAUGGAGUGAAGUUAUGGAUCAUUAAUGUGUGGAUAUGUUCAGAUUCCAUAUAACCAAUGAGAUCAAGAGUGCCUGCGAAGUUAUAAUACCCACAAUGCAGUUAUAAAAGGGCAUCCAACAUCCAUAGUUCAACCUUUGGAUGUUUGCCUCAACAAGCCAUUCAACAAUCAUGUUGGUACUGAAUGGAAUAGGUGGAUGAUUGAUGGAGAAAAGCCUACACAAAGGGUGGAAAUAUGCACACUGCCCCACUGGAUAUUUUGUGUGAUUUUUGUCAUCAAAUCAUGGGAUACUAUUAUUGCACAAACUGUCAUCAGAUAAUUCAAAAGAUGCACAAUGUCCAAUUCAUUGGAUGGAGGGGAAGAUGAUUUGUUGUGGAUGAAUGAUUUUAAAGUGAAAACGAAACAUUUGAUCCAGAGUGGAAACCUGAAAAUGAUGCCAUUGCCAAAGUUACUUAGGAUAAAUUCGAUGAACUCUUUGCAUUGCAUGCUGUAGACAAUAAAGUUGACUGGUUUUAAAACGCUUUCAUUAUGGCAAAAUAUAUCUUUGUACAAUUAAUUUAUUCAAUAAACUGUGCCACGUUAAUU